UAGCUCAAGCUUGUUAGAAAUUCAGUGCAAUGGCUCUUAGCCUUGUAUUUCCCAUCUCUCUUCAUAGUACUGCCACUCUACGACAUCCAAGUCCUGCCUCACAAUUAGCACCCAUUCAUGGCCGAUCCCUGCGUGCCAUUCGAUGCAUUGUUGAUGCUGAUGGACCUUGCAAUCAAAGGUCAACAGACGAUCCGCCAACUACCGACCUCCCAUUUGGGACUAUGACUAUCUGCAGUCACUUAACAGUAAAUAUGUGGGAGAUGUAUAUGAAAAAAGGGCUGCAAAGUUGAAGGAACAUGUGAAGAUAAUGCUUGAGAAAGUAGUGGAUGAGGAUCCAUUGGAUGCACUUGAGAUGAUUGAUGACUUGCAAAGGCUUGGAGUGUUCUAUCACUUAGAGAGAGUACUUGACAGCAUAUACAACAUGAAUGAUGUGUGCAACAAUGAGGAUUUGCAUGCUACAGCUCUCAAAUUUAGGCUUUUGAGACAACAUGGGUACAAUGUCCCUCAAGACGUUUUUAAAAAAUUUACGGACGAGACGGGGAAUUUGAGGUCUUGUCUUUGUGAGAUUACAAAGGGACUACUAUAUUUGUAUGAAGCCUCAUAUCUUUCAAUUGAUGGUGAAAGUUUAUUAAAUGAGGCCAGGGAUUUCACAACUAGGAAUCUCAAAGAAAACCUCAAGAAGAAGGAUAUUGAUCAAAAUCUCGCCAUGCUAGUUAGACAUUCCUUGGAGCUUCCCCUACAUUGGAGGGUGCGAAGGCUAGAGGCAAGAUGGUUCAUUGAUGUGUAUGAGAAAAGACAAGAUAUGAAUCCUAUAUUGCUUGAGCUUGCAAAAUUAGAUUUUAACAUGGUGCAAGCAAUUCACCAGCAAGAAGUAAAACAAAUGUCAAGGUGGUGGAGGAGUACAUGUUUGGGAAAAAAGUUGAGCUUUGCUAGAGAUAGGUUGAUGGAGAGUUUUUUAUGGCCUCUGGGAAUGAAUUUUGAGCCUCAAUUUGGAUACUUUAGGAGAAUGUCCACGAAGGUCUGCACACUGAUGACAAUAAUAGAUGAUGUCUAUGAUGUGUAUGGUUCAUUGGAGGAACUUGAACUAUUUACCAAUGCCGUUGAGAGGUGGGAUAUCAGUGCAAUGGAACAACUUCCAGACUAUAUGAAGAUAUGCUUCCUCACUUUAUUCAACUCUACUAAUGAAAUGGCUUAUGAUGCACUUAAGGAACAAGGAUUGCACAUCAUUUCACACCUAAAGAAAGUGUGGGCAGAUAUUUGUAAAUCUUAUUUAUUGGAGGCAAAGUGGUACUACAACGGAUAUACACCAACAAAAAAAAUAUAUUUUAUUUUAUAG